CAGGCCAACCGGGAAGGACCUACGAGUUUUGAUGCGGAAAGGGCGGUGCCAUCUGAAGAAGGUGCCAACAAAUAGCCAAGAUAGAAGAGGGGCAGCCGAACCAAUGAGACGAGGAGUCGGGAUGGGCGGGUGAUAUGGAAAGCGGAAUCAAGGAGGACGAGGGCGGGUCUACUAACGAGAAUGGGCCAAUGAGGCGCUGCAAGGACGGCGGGAGGCUGAGCUGGCGGCGUGCCGGGUCUCCAGAUCUCGACGGAAUUUGGAAAUCCCGAGACCGCUGUCUUAGAUUCCGUGUUCAGGAGCGGAGGAGAAAAGCCACUGCUAGGGCCAGCCCCUCAUUCGCCCCAGCCCCAUCCCGGAGGCCCGGAAGCGGAAGUGACGGACACGGAAGUGGCCUGCUGUUGCCGAGGGGACGGGCCAGGCAGAUGCCAACAUGGCAGCGGUUGGGUCUGGCGGUUCCACCGCGGCGGCCGGGCCAGGGGCGGUCUCUGCGGGGACGCUGGAGCCUGGAACCGCGAGUGCGGCUCACCGGCGCCUCAAAUACAUAUCCCUAGCCGUGCUGGUGGUCCAGAAUGCCUCCCUCAUCCUCAGCAUCCGCUAUGCCCGCACGCUGCCUGGGGAUCGCUUCUUUGCCACCACUGCUGUGGUCAUGGCCGAAGUGCUCAAAGGUCUCACCUGCCUGCUGCUGCUCUUCGCACAGAAGAGGGGUAACGUGAAGCACCUGGUUCUCUUCCUCCACGAGGCUGUCCUGGUGCAGUAUGUGGACACACUCAAGCUCGCAGUGCCCUCUCUCAUCUACACCUUGCAGAAUAACCUCCAGUAUGUUGCCAUUUCCAACCUGCCAGCUGCCACUUUCCAGGUGACGUACCAGCUGAAGAUCCUGACCACGGCACUGUUCUCCGUGUUCAUGCUGAACCGCAGCCUUUCCCGGCUGCAGUGGGCCUCCCUGCUGCUCCUCUUCACUGGCGUCGCCAUUGUCCAGGCACAGCAAGCCGGUGGCGGGGGCCCACGGCCACUGGAUCAGAACCCUGGGGCAGGCCUGGCGGCUGUCGUGGCCUCCUGUCUCUCGUCAGGCUUCGCAGGUGUCUACUUUGAGAAGAUCCUCAAAGGCAGUUCAGGCUCUGUGUGGCUGCGCAACCUGCAACUGGGCCUCUUUGGCACGGCACUGGGCCUGGUGGGGCUCUGGUGGGCAGAGGGCACUGCCGUGGCCCGCCGUGGCUUCUUUUUCGGGUACACGCCUGCCGUCUGGGGUGUGGUACUCAACCAGGCCUUUGGUGGGCUACUGGUGGCCGUUGUCGUCAAGUACGCUGACAACAUCCUCAAGGGCUUUGCCACCUCCCUGUCCAUUGUGCUGUCCACUGUUGCCUCCGUUCGCCUCUUUGGCUUCCACGUGGACCUGUUGUUUACCCUUGGCGCUGGGCUGGUCAUCGGUGCCGUCUACCUCUACAGCCUUCCCCGAGGUGCAGCCAAAGCCCUAGCUUCCGCCUCUGCCUCCGCCUCGGCGCCCUGCACUCACCAGCAGCCUCCGGGGCAGCCGCCGCCACCGCAGCUGUCUUCACACCGUGGAGACCUCAGCACGGAGCCCUUUCCGCCAAAGUUGCUCACCAAGGUGAAGGGUUCGUAGCUGCUGGGAUUGAAGACGCUGGCCUGGCCUCGUUCUCCCUUCUUGCCCUGGCUCAGCCGGGACCAAACUCUCUGAUCAGUAUUAGGGGUGGGGGGAGGUAGACACCGAACCUCCUGUCGUCCCCCCUCCCCCCACGCAGGGCAGACACGACUAAACUCUCUGGUAAUGAGGGCCUGGAAAGGACCCACUUUGGCUUCCAGCCCCUGCUGCCCCCAUGUCCCUGCCACCCCCACACUAUUUCUUAGGUGAGUUUUUGCAAAUAAAAUGUUUUGCAUCUUGCCG